UCAAGAGUCAUUUGGAACAUUGGGUGCGAUAGUAAGGAGCCGUACAGGCAACCGUGGAGUUGGAUUCUUGACAAAUAUGCAUGUAGCGGUUGAUCUUGACUACCCAAAUCAGAAGAUGUUUCAUCCAUUGCCUCCUAGCCUUGGACCUGGGGUGUAUCUGGGAGAAGUGGAAAGGGAAACAUCUUUCGUUAGAGACGAUCUUUGGUAUGGCACCUUUGUUGGAACAAACCCAGAGACAUUUGUUCAAGCUGAUGGGGCCUUCGUUGCUUUUGCUGAUAGUUUAGAUAUCUCCAAUGUGACUACGACUGUGAAGGGUGUAGGCGAGAUUGGGGAUGUUAAAACUAUAGAUUUGCGAUCUCCAAUCAACAGCCUCGUUGGGAAGCAAGUGGUGAAGGUUGGAAGAAGCUCCGGCUUGACUACUGGGACGAUAAUCGCCUAUGCACAUGAUUACGAUGAUAAGAGGGGUAUCUGCUUCUUCACUGAUUUUCUUGUUGUGGGUGAUAACCAACAAGCCUUUCAUCUUGAAGGGGAUAGUGGGAGUCUCAUCCUUUUAACAGGAGAGGAAGAUGAGAAGCCAAGGCCCAUUGGGAUCAUAUGGGGUGGAACAGGAAAUCAUGGGCAAAUGAAGCUGAAAGUUGGCCAACCUCCUGAGAAUUGGACUAGUGGAGUUGAUCUUGGUCGUCUUCUUAAUCUUCUUGAACUCGAUCUGAUAACAACCAGUGAUGGACUUCGAGAAGCAGUGCAAGAGCAAAGAAGUGCAUUAGCAGCAUUUGCAGAUUCCAUGGGUGGAAAGUCUGCUUUCGCAGAAGGAAGAUUACCUAAGCUGCCUUUGGAUUUCGACCUCGAACAAUUCCCAACUGAAGAUUGCACCUGUUUAGGGGAGAACCGGUUCCUUGUGCAUAAUGAGUUCCAUUAACCGAAAUGAUAGAAAGUGCUUAACCUUUUCAUUUUGCUGCCCGAAGCCAUCUUUUUUACCAUUUUUUUUUUGUUGUUGUUGAAUGAUCAAUGAGUUCAGGUCAGCUGCUCUUACCAAGAGCUAAGUGCCGUAGAGUGUAUAAAUUCUGAACGUAAGUAGCCAGACUUUAUAAAUUGAUCAGAGAGUUGGCGCUACAGUGUUGGCACGAGGACAUACUUUUUCCUAGUUCAUUAUUCCAGCUCUUUGUUAAC